AUGCGGCGGCACAGGACAUCGCUGUCUCUGAUCGCUGCAGUGCUCGCGUUGACCGUAUCACCAACCACUGCAGCGGACGAGUCCUGUCCUAACGGGUGCUCGGGCAAUGGGGUUUGCGACAAGAAGCUGACUUGCCAAUGCCACGACGGCUUCUUCGGGUACGACUGCUCGCUCCAGUAUUGCCCCGUCGGCAAGGCGUGGGGGGUUAUCACAGGGGUCAACGAGGCUCAUGGACCGGAAGAGUGCUCCGGUCGAGGGACGUGCGUCUACACGAGCGGUUCGUGCGCCUGCCAGUCGGGAUUCACUGGCCCCACCUGCCAGUACACGCAGUGUCUCGAUUCCUGCUCCGACCACGGCAAGUGCAUCUCCAUGAAGACUCUGGCGGAGAACGAGGUGAUCUCGCGCGAGCUGUUCGACCGCGACGUGUUCGUCUACGAGCAGAUCUGGGACUUCGACGUGAUGCACGGAUGUCUCUGUGACGAGGGAUUCCAUGGCCCUAGCUGCUCGCUGAAAGACUGCCCUGUUGGUGAUGACCCAUUAACCACAGGGCAAGUUAACGAAGUACAGCUACUCCAGUGCCUGACAACGUACCAGCAGCAGACGAUCGUGCUGCAGUCGGACGCCCCACUCACCAAAGGCAAGUUCAUCCUCAAGUUCGGGAGUCAGUACACUCGCCCGAUAUCGUUCAAGGCUCUGGCUGAUCAAGACGCUUUCGGUCCUUCAAUUGCCACGUCGUUGCUGGCCCUGAGAGGUCUGGAUGCAGUCACAGUAACUCGAGCAGACCCACUACCAACCCGAACCGAGUGGAGCGUGACCUUCCCCAUGACUAACACGAAGCACAACGCAGUCGUUCCGGGGUGGAGAACGGUAGAAGUCCAGCAGUUCAUUUGUGCUGCCGACUCCGGAGUGUUCGCGAUCACCUUCGGCAACGAGACGAUCCGCAACAUCCCGUACAAUGCCGACAGCAACACGUUCCUUUCAUACCUGUCCAAGCUCUCCUUCUAUGGCCAGAUGAGCGUGGCGCUGAUGACCAGCACUGGGGGCUCCAUCAACAACAUUUGCACCCCUACGGGGACAUUCGUGACCAUGACGUUUUCCACCCUUUGGCACCGAGAACUGCUGGCGGAUCUACCAGCGAUGACCUUCUCAACUCUGGACCUCAAGGGCGUUCAGACCUUGUUCCGCAACAACGCCAACGGGUUCAUCGACACGGAAACCAAGGAGGUCAUCAAAGGUUUCGACUCGUGUCGCGUCACGGAGGAGCAGCAAUUUCUGUGUGGAGCUACCAGCGGCAACUUUGCUCUCACGUUCGAGGACGGCACGAAGCUGACCGGGCUACCCUUCAGCAUCACAGCAGACACGCUCAAGUCGACGAUUCAGAGCAAGGUCCCGUACAUUGUGGACAUUGACGUCAUGUAUGCGGGUGGGUUGACCACGUUCUGCAGCGAUUUCGGCACGACUACAACCAUCCGCUUUGUGGUGGUGAAGGCGACCAGCGGAGACGGAGACCUCGCUGAGAUUCUGACGGAUUCGACGAACGGAGGCACGGACGGCCUUGUGCAUCUUUCCAACCGCCUGCAGUUUGCUUCAAGCUUCACGGAGACUGUCAAAGGCGCGCUUUGUGAGCCACUGGACCAGACCUUCACCCCAGCUUCAACAUCGCAGAUGCUGGCGCCUGUGCUACAAGGUGGCGGAGCGUUUACCGUACGCUUUCGGGGAGCUACAACUCGCCCCAUCGAGGCCCAAUCAACCACGCAGCAGCUGAAAGGGCUUCUACUGGAACUGCCCACCAUUCAGGGCGUCGACGUGAGCUACUCGGGCUCACAAGCGUGCGAAACCCCGGCGAACCUCGCGAGGAUCACGUUCACCCAGAACUUCGGAGACCUCUCAACUAUCGUGGCCGAUGGCAGCAUGAUGAGCGCCGGGUCCACUGUUGCCGUUGCUGGCGACGGCGCAGCCAUCGGAGAUGUCGUGUCGGUGGACGGCACCAAAGAGAGCGAGGUUUGCUCGAACCGGGGCUACUGCGACGACGUCACCAUCGGUCGCUGCAUCUGCCACACAGGCUACACCAACAGCGAUGGCAACGGCCAGAUCGGCACCUUGGACUUCAAUCGCGGCGACUGUGGCGCUCCAUCUCGAAUCCCUGUCGGGUGCCCGGGAGACUUGGCAUGCAGUGGCCACGGCACGUGCUCUAAGAGUCCGUCAUAUCGCUGCGCCUGUGCAAAAGGUUGGACGGGCGGAGACUGCUCCGUGCGAGUUUGUCCGUUUGGUUACUCGUGGUUCAGCUACCCCAGCGACGACAACGUUGCGCAUCAAGUCCGUAGCGAGUGCAGUGACGCUGGCGAGUGCGAUCGCAGCAACGGACAGUGCAAAUGUCAGGCGCCAUUCACAGGGAGCGCCUGCGAGCUCAUGGCCUGUGGUGGAACAGAUAUCGAGUGCAACGGCAAUGGGCGAUGCCUGACGCUAUACGACUUGGCUCCGAUCACUCGGAUCAACGGCGUGACCCGCGGCUUCACGUACGGCGACGACCCGAACGACGUCGCCACUUGGGAUGCCCGUCGCAUUCGAACCUGCCUCUGCGACCCGUUCUACUUCGGCUAUGACUGCUCAUUGAAGGAGUGUCCACGCGGCGACGACUUCUACACGGACGACGACAAAGUCGAGCGCCAACUGAUCCAGUGCAUCGCCGACACGGGCAGCUUCACGCUCACGUUCCGAGACGCAACGACAGUCAACAUCGCCGUCUCGGCCACCGCUGACACCGUGAAGGCCGCACUGGACGAGCUGCCGACAAUCGGACAAGUGGCCGUCUCGCUCGUGGGCGGGACUGCGGCCUGCUCCAACAGCGUCAACACCGUCAUCGUUGUGGACUUCCUGACGGAGCUGGGGGACCUCCCGCCGCUCUCGGGCUCCAAGGCGCUGCUGCAGGACAGCAUCAACGGCAACGCGCAGGACGGCUCGGGCUCGCUCGUGUUCGCCACGGGCGGGGCCACGCUCCUGGGCCAGGCGUCCGUCAAGGGCACGCGCGAGAACGCCUUCUGCUCCAACCACGGCGUCUGCGACUUCUCCACGGGCAUCUGCACGUGCCACCCCAACUACGGCGGCAGCGACGGCAAGGGCGGCCCCGGAACCAUCGCCAACUGCGGCUUCCACGAGCUCAAGUACGGCACCGGCGCCGACGGAUAA